GAAGAAGAAGAAGAAGAAGAAGAAGAAGAAGAAGAAGAAGAGAACGAAAUAUGUUUCCUCUGCUCUUCAUUUCGCUUUGGCUGCGGACUCAUUCGGCCUCAGGGUCGCAGUCCGGGGCCGCGAGCGAGAGGUUUUGCGAUGGGCAGAACUGUUACGCUGUGCAGUGGGGCCACGUGUCGUUCGGGGAGGCCGCGGACAUGUGCCGGAGGAGAGAGGGGGUCCUGACCAGCAUGAGGAGCCCCCGAGAGGCCGACUCCAUCCGACGGCUUCUCCUGAGCGCGCCGGGCGCCGAGUACCCGCUCAGCCUGUGGAUCGGACUCCGCAAAGGGGCCAAAACCUGCUCCAGCCCCGAGGGGCGACUGCGUGGCUACGCGUGGCUCAGCGGAGACGCCGCCUCCAACUACAGCGCCUGGGCCCGGGAGCCCCCGACCACCUGCACGCACGAGUUGUGCGUGUCCUUGGAAGUCCGCCUGGAAAGGCAGCGCCGGCUCGGGUUCGGGUGGAGCUCCUCCAAGUGCGGGAGGACCCGCGGCGGCUUCGUCUGCAGGUCCCGGCGGCCGCCCCCCCCGGGCACCUGUCCGCUCCUGCGGGCGGCCGAGGGUACCCGGAUUUCUUACGCGCGCCCCGACCCGGGCGGCGGGGGGCCGUCCCCCCGGCGCCGGCCCCGGGACUGCCCCGGGACUCGGUGGCUGUGGUCUCGUGCGCGAACGGCCAUUCCGUGGCACUGCGAUGCGAGCAGCGGGAGGCGGGGCUCGGGUGGUCCCGGGACAGCCCCGCCGGCCUGUGCCACGAGUGCGGGACGGGGCGCGGUCGGUGCCCGCACGGCUGCUUCGACGGGGCUGAGGGUUACUAUUGCCACUGCGGUCGGGGCUUCGCGGUGGACCCGGGGCGAGGUCGCUGCCGAGGAAACCUACCAGCCACAUGUUGUUUUAAAACAGGAAUUGCUCUACUUUUUGUUGAUCAAAACAGAUCUGAGCGGCAGUUAA